AACAAACAUAAAUUUUCAACUUAUGUUGUUGCCUCAGGACAUCAAUAUGGAGCUGGGGAAGGAGUCUUGCACUACUUUUUUAAGAUAGGUUGGCUUAGUGAGACUCCUGCAAUACCUGUUUUUGGAGAUGGAAAUAAUUUUAUUCCAACCAUUCAUGUUCUUGAUUUAGCAGCAGUGUUACAAAAUGUAGCAGACCACAGGCCAAGGUCUCACUACAUAGUUGCAGUAGAUGAAUCUAUGCAUACUCUGCAAGAAUUAGUAAAGUGUAUCAGUAAAAAUGUUGGACCAGGAAAAAUUGAGAAGGUUCCAAAAGAAAAUGCAUUCCUGAGCAAGGAGUUAACACAAAUGCAUUUGGAUAUGUUGCUUGUGAACCUGCGAAUGGAAUCUAUGUUUCUGAAAGAGACUUUCAAUAUUAAGUGGGUUGCUCAGGCAGGACUAGUGGAGAACAUUGAACAAGUCAUCAAGGAAUACAAGCAAAGUCGAGGAUUACUGCCUCUCAAAGUUUUCAUUCAUGGUCCUCCUGGGGUUGGCAAAUCUACUGUUGCUGAAGAGCUCUGCAAACACUACAAGCUACAUCACAUUAAGACAAACGAUGUGAUUUCUGAAACAAUAGCAAAUCUGGAGAAAGUUGUGGCUCCUAAAGAACCGGACUCUGACACUGUGGGAGAAGAGGAGGAGGAGGAGGGUAAAAAUGUAGAAGCAGCACAUGAGUUAUUAUCUGCAAUAAAAGAAAGCCUGGAGCAGAGUGCAGGCCGCCUAGAUGAUCAGUAUGUUGUGAAAUUUGUGAAGGAUAAGCUCAAAUCUAUGCCUUGUAGGAAUCAGGGAUAUGUUUUAGAUGGAUUCCCGGAGACUUAUGACCAGGCAAAAGAUCUUUUUAAUUUGGAAAACGAAGAUGAAGAAGAAGAAGAAAUUAAAGGCAAAAUACCUAAAUGUGAUAAAUUAAUCAUACCUGAAUUUGUUAUUUCUUUGACUGCAUCUGAUGAAUUCCUUAUAAACAGAAUAAUAAAUCUGCCAGAGAGAAUUGUUGCUGGAAGUCAUUAUACCCAGGAGCGGUUCCUGCAGUCUCUGAAUGUCUUCAGAGAGUUAAAUACAGAGGAUAAGACUGUUCUCAACUACUUUGAUGAACUUGAAAUACAUCCUCAGUUUAUUGAUGUAGCCAAAUUUGAAGAUCCUGAGAACAGAUUUAUUGUAAAAGAGAUCAUCAAAGAAAUUGGGGAACCUCGGAAUUAUGGUCUGACAGAUGAAGAAAAGGACAAUUUGGAACGCCAAGCAGCUGAGGAACGCCUUGUCAAAGAAGCUCAAGAUAAAGCUGAACAAGAGCAUAGAGAAGCUGAGGAAAGGGAUGAAAGGAUGGCAAAUUGGGAAGAGUGGAAUAAACAUCUGGAGGAAGUGAAAAGACAAGAAGAAGAGUUAUUGGAGGCCCAGUCCAUUCCACUACGAAACUAUUUAAUGAAGAAUGUCAUGCCAACACUUAUGCAAGGGAUAAAUGAAUGCUGUAGGAUCAGGCCAGAUGAUCCAGUCGAUUUUCUGGCAGAAUAUCUCUUCAAGAACAGUCCUGAUAUGGAAUGA